AUGCCUUCCACUGUCAAGCCUACCGAUGGUAGCCAAGUGGCGGUUUCACCCGUCGAAGAAGUGGCAAACGGCCUCGAGCGAGUUAAUAUAGCCGACAAGGCGGCAGAAAAUGGACAAUCGAAUGGAACUAGUGCGCAUGUCGAAAACGGGAAAGAAAGCAACGGGAGUGGCUCCUCUGAUCACGAAAACCAGAGGCCGACCGAAUCAGCCCCGAAAAAAGAGAGGGGAAAACGCCGAAACCGACAAGUACUCGAUAUCACCCUCCCGGCUUACCAGUCAGUGAGGAGCCAAUCUGAUGGCCAUUUAAGGGACCGGCGUAGAAGAAAUCGAAUAGACGUUGAGAACUUGGAGCCGACCGAAAAACUGUUCGUUGGGGGACUGCCGAUUAACUUUCCUGGCGAAGAACUCGGUGAGCAUUUUUCCCAAUUCGGAACUGUUGUUGAAGCUUUGACCAAAGAAGGACGCACAUUCGGCUUCGUCACAUUCGCUUCGAUCGAAGAAGCAGAAAAGGCGCUCGAAGUAAAGAUCCACAAAAUCGCCGAUCGCGAAGUCGAGGUCAAGCGCGCCAUCGCCGCCAACAAUCGCUCUCAUCCAAUGCCUAGUCCAGCAAUGGUUGCCCCAAUGAGCGGGGUUUUCUACCCACCAUUUGUUUAUCCGAACAUGCCAGUAAUGCCGAUGGAUACUAGUUAUGGAAUGAUGGAGCCGUGUGCCUCGCAAGGAAGCUGCAGCUCGACCUCGCCGACCGGUUCUCAGUUCCACAACGGAACUAACUACCCGAACUCUCAUCCCGACUAUGAGAUUGACGGGCAACAGCAAAAAAAGCUAUUUAUCGGAGGCUUGCACUGGCGAACCGAAGACGACGACCUCCGGAACUAUUUUCAGGCCUUUGGGCAACUAACAGACGCCAUGGUAAUAAAAUGCCCCGAAAAGCAAAAGUCGCGCGGAUUCGGUUUCGUUGUGUACGCCAGUCCGGAAGACGCGGAGACUGUCCUCCACCAUCCAGUUCACCAAAUCAACGAAAAAGUUGUUGACGUAAAACGUGCUGUUUCACGCGACUUGAUCGGGAGAUUGAAGUCAGAUACCUACUCCGAAAAUAAUUCAAAUAACCUCGUUAAAAGUAAAAAGGGACAAGACAUUGUGGACGAGGCAGGCCGCCAUCGUCCAGUUGACAAAGUUUUUGUCGGUGGAAUCGCCGCCGAAACGACACGCAAAGAAGUCAAAGAUUACUUCGAAGAGAAGUUCGAAGGCUGCAAAGUUAAAAACAUGGACAUGAAAGUCGACGAGGACACAGGAAGCCAUCAGAGCUACGCGUUUAUAACCUUUGCUGAUACAGAUAAGGCGAAAGCAAUCGACGUUGUUGAAAGCAUUUGCCAAAGCAAAUACCAGCGAAUUGGAUCUCAUCUGUGCGAAGUGAAAAAAGCUCACUCGAAGAAUGCUAGAUUCAUUAAAAAUGCCGAGAAAAAGCAUCAACGGGAGCGUGAGUGCACACCAGCUAACUGUGUCUACUCGACGGAUUACACGCCUUAUCCGAUGUAUUCACCGAUAUAUUCGAUGUACCCUUAUCCAAUGCCAGUACCCGUCGAUCAACAUGGUCUCCCUAUCGGUGCUGAUGACCAAUCUACAGGACAUUACGAAUAUAACGGUGUUUGGUAUCCGAACACUAACUUAGAAGAGGAUAAUGAAAUCAAGGAAGAGUCAUCAAAAAAGAAGAGCGAAGAAUCAAAUAAUAAUGGAGGCUAUGCAUCUCCAGCUGAGUUUAGUCCCUACGGAUAUCCAAGUUAUUAUCCAAACUGCGGAACUUACGUUCCAGCGUCGUACUCUCCUUACGGUAAUUUCUACAUGGCGCCGCAGCACGUCAGCGAGCAUUAA